AUGCAGCGCAAACAAAAAGCCCGUAUUAGAAUUCCGGGUUUUUCAAAACCCGAACCAAUUGACGUCCCUUCCCUCUAUUCCCACAUUUCCCAAAACCCCUCACUCUCUCUCACACACUCUUCCACCAUGGCGGCACUGAAGCUUCUCCUCUCCCAAGCUCGUCGCCAUUCCCUCGCCAAACGCGCUUCUCUCUCACACUCUCCUUUCUCUCUCACCUCUCACCGAUUCCUCUGUUCUUCCUCCGAAUCAAACUCAAACCCUCCCCGCACACCCUCCCAACCCAUUUCCAUCCAACCAGUUUCCUACCCCGUCAAGCCAAAACCACCGCCCCCCGAACCCUCGCCCGAAUCCUCACCACCACCCGCCGAACCGCAAUCUCUCCGCCCACCGACGGACUCGCGGCGCGCAUGGACUCGCGAAGACAUCCGCUACGUGAAGGACGCGCCUUCGAUUGAGAGGGUGUCGUACGCCGCGCGUACUGCGCCUCUCCCCGACGACAAGGUCCCAACCGCGGCGGAGGAGUGGGAGGAGAUUGAGAGGAGGAAGAUCGAGGAGGCCGAGCAUCAGCUGAGGAUGAGAAUGACGAAGGCCGCCAAUGAGGAACGGAUGAAGGUGCCGUUUCCGCUCCUAAUUAAGCCCAAAAAGAACGAGAAGCCGCCUCCGCUUGAUUUGGCAGAAGCCAUUCGCCGAGUUAAGGCCAAUGCCAAGGCAAAGUUUGAUGAAACUGUUGAAGCGCAUAUAAGACUGGGUGUUGACUCAAAGCGAACAGAACUGGCAGUUCGUGGUACUGUGAUUCUGCCUCAUGGUGCUCCCAAGGCCGUCAGUGUGGCUGUUUUUGCAGAAGGGGCUGAGGCAGAGGAAGCUAAAGCUGCAGGAGCUGAUAUAGUUGGUGGUAAAGAGCUUAUUGAGGAGAUUGCUAAUGCAUAUUGUGGUAAAAAUAAGCUCAAAGUUGACAAAUGCUUCUCGACUCCUGGAAUGGCACCUAAUCUUGGAAAGAUAGCACAAUACCUUAGAAAACGCAGACUGAUGCCAGAUAAGAAGCUAGGUACUCUCACCAGUGAUAUUGCAGGGCAGUUAAAAGAGUUAAGACAGGGGCGUAUUGAGUUCAAAAUGGAAAGUAAAUCAAUUUUGCAUGUGGGACUUGGAAAGGUUAGCUACAAAGAAGACGCCUUACGGGAGAAUAUUAGUGCAUUUAUGAAUGCUGUAUUGCUUGCAAAGCCUGCUGGCUUGAAGAAGACUUCCAAAUAUGCUGGGUAUGUGCUGUCUGCCCAUAUAAGUAGCACGAUGGGCCCAGGAUUACCUGUAUCAAUACAGUCAUUAUCCCAAGCUGCAGAUAACUACAAGAAAACGCAUGUGGUAUGA